AGAACACCUGACAACAUCGGACUGCCCCAGUCAAGAGUCCAUGACAGCGAUCGAAUCUUUGUCCUGUGAUUCAAGCGGUAUUGGGUACUGUGUCGACGACGAGUCCCGUCCGUCCACGAUCCUAGGUAGGCGUGACGGGGAGAUAUAGACUCUACCACAGACCGACGAGGGGCAAUGUGUUAGUUGUCGUACAAAUGCUGUUCAAAUCGAGGGACCCGUUCGGUGAUAGACUUUGGCCAAAACCGUUCAUCGAGGAACCUGAAGAAUUAUCAGAGACUGGUCGACAGGCAAGAAGACUCCCCACCGCCACGAUAUGUCUCUUGCUCCUCUCUCUUGUGGGCUCAGCCCUGCAGCUGCCCAUUGCACUGACGAGACCGUGGGCGUACGCCAUCGUCGCAAUGUGGAUUCUGAGUGCUGCCUACAUCGUCUCAUUUCGGCCCAGGGUGGCAUCUAUCUUUCUUCUCCUUGAUUUUGUUGCUGCUGCCGUUGCUGGCCUUACCCAUUUUGCCCUGCAAUUCAUCAACCAUCUAGGCGAUACGCUUGCAUUGCUUGCCGGCACAAGCAUCAUCGUGGCAUUUAUUGCCAUCAUCAUCCUCAUCAACAUGCCAUUACGUUCUCCAUAUCUGAGUGCCGAGAAAAUUAGCCGGCCGUUUACUGUACCAACAAAAGACUUGCGUUCACCCGAAGAUAACAUGACUCUCCUUCAAUGGAUGACCGUGUCAUGGAUGGCACCUCUGAUAAAGGUUGGCAACGAACGACAACUCAACGACGAGGAUGUGUGGUUUCUGCCUUAUGAGUUCCAGCACCGACACCUCCACGAUGCGUUUCGAGAACUACAUGGCUCCGUAGUUCGUCGGCUUCUAGCAGCCAAUUGGAUUGACCUGGUCAUCCUCACGUUACUGGCAAUUCUGGAGCUUGCCGCCAAUUACUCGGCUCCCAUGAUCCUGCAGAAGCUGCUACAGGCGAUGGAAAUCAUCUCCGUGGACAAACGCCCAGCCAUCAUCUUUGCUUCACUGAUCCUGGCACUCAGACUAGUAGCCGCCCAGAGUGGGGUCUUCAGCCUCUGGUUCGGACGUCGUUGCUACGAACGAUCACGAGGCGAGAUGAUUACGAUGCUGUAUGAAAAGACGUUGAACAGGAAAAUCAUAGGGGGCCAACCACAGGAAGACCAAGGGCUCAACGAUGAAUUGAACGCAGGGGCGGUGACAGAAGCAAGUGGCGUGGAAGACGAGAACACAGACACAGAAACAGAGCCCCUCCUCGGUGGGGAUGCAAAGCGGCCCUUGGGAAUCUCUGUCAGCAUUCCAGCGUGGUUCGCAAAGGUCAAAUCUUUUUUCAGUCGAUCCAAGUCGCCGCAAGCCGAAGAAAAGAUGCCUGCAACGCUAGGCAAGAUUCUGAAUCUGAUGCGGAAUGAUGUUUAUGAGGUAGCCCAGCGGUUUUGGGAGUUUCAGACCCUCAUCAAACAGCCCUUCGGACUGAUCUUGUCCAUUGCUCUAAUAUGGACGCUCCUCGGCUGGGCUUCAUUCAUCGGUGUGGCAGUCGUCAUUGUCGGCCAACUGCUCAACUACAUCCUGGCACGGAUCCUCAUGAUCUGGGAGCGAAAGCGACGCAAGGCUGUGGACACCAAAUUGCAAAAGAUCUCUCAAUACGUCGAAUCCAUCCGACAUUUAAGAUGGUACGGCUGGCAGUACAAGUGGUUGGAUGGAGUCAUGAAUGCACGACAGAAAGAACUGACUCUAAGAGUGAUCUGUUCCUUAUGGAACAGCGGCAUCAAAUUCCUCAACUCCCUCACGGCCGGCAUGGUUCCUGUGGCUUCAUUCUAUGCAUACACAGUAUUGGCAGGGAAACAACUUCGCAUCGACGUCGCCUUUCCGUCUCUUCAGCUCUUCACAAUGCUGCAGGGUAAUCUUCGAGAAUUACCACAGCUCAUCACCGUGCUUCUCAACGCCUCAGUCGCCGUGGGCCGUAUUUCGGAUUUCAUCGCCGAGCCUGAUAAAGGUGACGAAGAUCGCACGCCCACAGUACAAGAGGGAGACAACCUGGAGUUCCGUGAUGCAUCCUACUCGUGGCCAGGGUUUUCUCAACUGGUGCUAUCCCGCCUCAACCUGUCGUUUCCUACGGGACUGACUGUCAUCUUCGGCCCUGUGGCCAGCGGCAAGACUGCCCUUCUACAAGCCCUCCUCGGAGAGUUAGACUUGCAAUCAGGGUCUCUGGUCAAGCCGGACACGGCGAUUGGGUAUUGCGCCCAAACGCCUUGGCUUCAGAAUAUGAGCAUCAGAGACAACAUCACAUUUAUUUCGCCAUACGAUGAUGCCCGGUAUAAGCAAUGUCUAGAGGCAUGUGCGUUACUUCCGGAUCUCGCGAAUUUCAAACAUGGCGACCUGUCCCACAUUGGUGACAACGGCAUCGGUCUCUCGGGAGGUCAGAAAGCAAGAGUGGCACUCGCACGUGCUGUCUAUAGCCGGGCGAACAUUCUUUUGCUUGAUGAUCCACUGAGUGCUCUGGAUCAGCAAACAGCCGAAUGGGUCGUGACCAAGUGCUUGACUGGCCCACUAAUGGACGGCCGCAAGGUCAUCCUCGCAACCCACAGAACAGACCUCUGUCGCCAUGUGGCAACUCAACUCAUUCAAGUGUCACAUGGCCAGGCCACGGUGCACGCCUUUGACGAUGACAUCUCGGCUCCUGCUUCCUCGGCGGCUACAACCAUGAUUGAUUCAGCGGAGGAGACCCAAGGCCAAAGCGAAGAGAGUCCUGAGAUCGACGAAGCAGCCGCCGUGCCGGACAAGUUCGUUGAAGACGAGCAUCGUGCUCAUGGAGGCGUAGAAUUCGCUGUGUACUGGCAAUAUCUCCGAGCCGGGAAUCUCGUAUGGUGGGCCAUGGUGGUCCUAUCGACCAUGAUAUGUCGAGGUUUGUUCGUCGCGGAAAGUUGGUUUCUCAAAGAAUGGGGAGAGGCAUACAACGAAGUUAAGAAAUAUGUCUUUGUGCUGCAAAGGUCAGGUCAAGAUAUGCAUCCAUUGACGACGAGUCCCAUUUCGAGAUUUUUCGACCGAUUUCCAGAUCCUGCAGAGGACCUUCGUCCUUGGUUGUUGGGACUCUUCAUUGUGGUCCUCGGCGAGACAUUUGCACUGAUUCUGUCCGAUAUCUUCAUGGUGGUGGUGACAUAUAUUGCGGCCAAGAACAUGUUCAGAGACAUCAUGAACCGAAUCAGCCAUGCAACAUUCCAUUUCUACGACGUGACUCCCGUGGGUCGGUUGAUGAACCGCAUGACGUCGGACGUAUCGGUCAUUGACGGACCCAUUGCCACGCAAUUCCUGGUCGUCAUAUGGUAUGGAGUGGCGUGGCUGGCAUCGAUGGUGGUGAUUGCCAGCAUCACACCCAUCUUCCUCAUCUUUGCCGUCGCGCUCACAUUGGUCUUUGUCGCUCUAUUCCUCCAAUACCUCCCAACCACACAGAGUCUGCGCCGGCUAGAAAUGGUGUCUCUCAGCCCAUUGAUGUCCAACUUUGGAGCGUUGCUCCACGGACUGACGACGGUACGCGCGUUCUGCGCCCAGGCACAGUUCCAAGAACGCAUCAUCCAAGUGACGGAUGCAUUCCAGAAAAUGGAUCACUUUUACUGGAGCAUCCAAGCGUGGCUGAUGUAUCGAUUCGACCUUCUUUCGGCGGGGUCGACGUUUUUGCUCACGUUGUUGGCUGUGUUCUCGCGGCUGACACCGGGCUUAACGGCGUUUGUGCUGAUCGCAGCAAACAAAUUCGUGCAGACAACUCACAUCAUGUGCAAGCAAUAUGCGAUGUUGCAGCUGGAAUUCGUGUCAGUGGAGCGAGUAGUGGCGCUGACGCACGUGGAGCAAGAGGACGCGGGGACGAUCGAGCCACCAGCGGCGUGGCCGCGCUACGGCAGUGAGAUCACGUUGGAAAAUGUCACGGUUCGAUAUCGGGCGAAUAUGGAGCCGGCCUUGACGGAUGUAUCGGUGAGUUUCAAGCCUGGGUCGACAAACGCCAUAACGGGCCGGACGGGGUCGGGAAAAUCGACCCUCGCAUUGGCGCUGCUGGCGACGGUGAAGCCAGAGUCUGGACGGAUCAUGAUCGAUGGGAUCGACAUCUCUCGCGUCAGCAAGCAGGCUCUACGCACGAGAAUCACCUUCCUAGCCCAGGACCCCAUAUUGUUCGCCGGGACGUUGAGGCAUAAUCUGGAUCCCAUGGACGAGCACAGCGAUGAGGAGUGUCUGGCGGUCCUUGCCCGUGUGUGUGGCAAGUAUGGCUGGACGUUGGCUACGACCAUUGACGACGGUGGCAAGAAUCUCAGCCAGGGUCAGCGCCAGCUGGUAGGCCUUGCUCGUGCAAUCUUGCGCCGCAGCGCAAUCGUCGUCAUGGAUGAAGCUACUGCUAGCAUUGACCUCGACACCGCGGCUGAGAUCCAGCGUGUCCUCCGCAACGAGCUCAGUCAGAGCACCAUCAUCACCAUUGCUCAUCGUGCUGCCGCUGUCGAAGCUGCUGAGUUCGCUGUCGUUUUGGCAGCGGGUCGCGUUCUCAGCCAAGGUGUCCCAGAUGCACUUGACGAUGCCACGGUGUCGUGAUCAUGGACCCCUUUAGAAAUAAAACAAAACGUGAUGGGAAGCAAAUAACACGGAAAGCAUUGAAAUGGCGUGGAAAAUUGGAAUAGACUAGCUCGUAUUAUCAUCAUAAUUUGAAGACAUCAUACAUCAAGC